AUGAGCGACCAGAAGAGAGUCAAGGAUCUUGUGUCGGGGCUGGUCAUAGCCGCUGGCACAGUAUCGGCGUACUUUCUGUUCCGCGACCUCGUCGGCCCCUAUCUUGCCAAGCUUAUCGACCCCGAGCGCGAGAAGCACGAGGAGGCGCGUCGCAAGGCUCAGGCGAACUUGCAGCGGAUACGCCGGUCGAGAAAGGUCGAGGCCGGCGACGACGACGAUGGCACUGAUGGAUCCCGCCAUACGGUAAAGAUCGAGGACCUGGUGCUCAAUGAGUAUGAGAACCGGGUAGCCAUGGAGGUAGUUGCGCCCGAGGACAUUCCCGUCGGCUUCGACGCCAUUGGGGGCUUGGAAGACAUUAUCGAAGAGCUCAAGGAGGCCAUCAUCUACCCCCUUACCAUGCCGCACCUAUAUGCGCACGGCGGGCCACUGCUGGCCGCACCUUCGGGGGUAUUACUCUACGGGCCGCCAGGCUGCGGAAAGACCAUGCUAGCCAAGGCCGUGGCUCACGAGAGUGGCGCCUCCUUCAUCAACCUGCACAUCUCGACUCUCACGGAAAAAUGGUACGGCGACUCCAACAAGCUUGUCCGCGCCGUGUUCUCUCUGGCACACAAGCUACAACCGGCCAUCGUUUUUAUCGACGAAAUCGAUGCCGUCCUUGGCACCCGAAGAAGCGAGGAGCACGAAGCUAGCGGCAUGGUUAAAGCAGAGUUCAUGACACUUUGGGAUGGUCUCACAUCUACAAACGCGGCUGGUAUCCCCUCGAGGAUCGUCGUGCUUGGCGCCACAAACAGGAUCAACGAUAUCGACGAAGCCAUCCUCAGGCGAAUGCCCAAGAAGUUCCCCGUCAACCUGCCGGGGAAGGAGCAACGGCGCCGCAUUCUGCAGCUGGUUCUCGGGGACACAAGACGAGAUCCCGAGCACUUCGACAUUGAUUACAUUGCCAAGGUCACAGCUGGUAUGUCUGGUAGCGAUAUUAAGGAGGCCUGUAGGGACGCUGCCAUGAUGCCCAUGCGGGAGCACAUGCGGGAGCUCCGUGCUUCCGGUGGCUCUCUGUCUCGGGUGAAUCCUACGCACAUCCGCGGCAUUAGGACUGAGGACUUCUUCGGCCGCAGGGGUGGCGGCCGGGUCCUCGCGGAAGCUCGUUUGCGUCAUUCGAGCACGACCAACGGCCAGUCCAAGUCGUCGUCCAGCGAUGUUUUUGAGGAUGUGGACGACGAUCUGGUGCCGGAGCCCGUCGAGUAG